AUGGACAAGCGAUGUUCCCGCAGCGAGGCUAAAGUUACUCAGAGAAGGGUUGAGUACACCAUUACGAUACUUGCACGUAAAACAAAGGAGAGAAAUGUUUUGCAGAUGUUUGCAGUAUGGAUUACUACUCUUUCUCUUCUUGAUGUAGCCAGAGGAAGGCAAGUUUGCUACAAAAGGCUUGGAUGCUUUACAGAUAAUCCACCCUGGUCUGGGAUUCCGGAAAGACAACUGGCAGGCUUGCCUAGCCCUCCAGAAGCUGUGAAUACCAAUUUUCUCCUUUACACUAGAGAAAACAUCAUGAAAUAUCAAAAGAUUUCUGCUACAAAUCCUUCAACGAUCAAAGCUUCAAAUUUUCAAGCACACAGGAAAACUCGCUUCAUUAUACAUGGUCAUCUUGCUGGAGCAGACCUCUCCUGGAUAACAGAUAUGUGCAGGUUCAUGUUUCAUGUUGAAGAUGUGAACUGCAUUUUGACUGACUGGAGAGGUGGUUCUAGUGGUUUGUACACUGAAGCGGUUAACAACGUCCGCAUUGUCGGGGCUGAGCUGGUAUAUUUUGUGAACCUUCUUGAGAAAGACUACAGCUACUCUCCUUCCAAGUUUCAUUUAAUUGGCCAUAGUCUUGGAGCACAUGCUGCAGGGGAGGCAGGGAGAAGGAAACCUGGCAUUGGAAGAAUAACAGGUUUGGAUCCAGCUGGGCCUCUUUUCCAAUACACACCAACAAUGGUUAGGCUGGAUCCUUCAGAUGCAAAAUUUGUUGAUAUAAUUCACACUCAUGCUGGUCAUCUGUUCUUUGACUUUGCUCCAGGGAUUCUUCAGACUUGUGGCCACCUGGAUUUUUACCCAAACGGUGGGAGGAAAAUGCCAGGAUGCAAGGAACUUCAUGCAACUCCUGCAACUCGGAAUAUCAAUGACCUUAUGAGAGGCUGGCGAAAAGAGAUAUGUGUCAGAGUAUCUGCAACAGAAACCGUGAAGGGAAAUAUAGAUGUAGCCUUCAAUGGAAUUAACGGGAUCAGGAGAAAAUAUACAAUUGACAAGGCAUAUGAAACAGCAAGUAAGAAAGUGGCACCCUGCUUAAGAAUUGUGCUGGGGUCUGGAACUCCUGUCCGCUUAGCCUGGCCUUUUCCAGUAAAUCUGAAUUUAAAUCUAGAAGUGGGUUUAACUAAUGAAAAUAAGAGUCUAAUCCACAUUUCCUGGGAGUAUAUGGGUGUUUGGUUGACUACAGUUACCUCCACCAACUCAACACUGCAGCCGGACUUCCCCAAAGAACGGGAGAUACCAGAUCUGGAGUGUUGA